AUGUCAGCAGGCGGAUUGCCAUCAAAGCGUCGCAAAAUAGACUAUGCCGACUAUCUGCGAGUCCUUGUUGGGCCGGAGCAAAAGGACUUCAUGGUCCACAGAGACAUCAUCACUCAGCGCUCGACAUUCUUCCAAAAGGUCUUGACCACAUCCGAGUCUUGCGCUGCAUUCGCCACGGCCGCGACCACGGCUUCUGCUGUCGUCACUACACCGGCGGCUAUCGAACGACACUUUCCAAGUCCUCGUGGGAUCGGAAAAGACAGAAUUCACACUACACAAAAGCGUCAUAUGCGCACGCUCGCCUUUCUUCGAAGCAGCGUUGGCGAAUCGAUGGAAGAGCUGCUAUUGCGGCCCUGUCGAAUGGCCGAAGACGAUGCGGUUUUGUUCGCAGAUUACGCCAAUCGCGUGUAUCACAACACUCUCGCUUUGAAGUCCGCAGAAUCCUGGUCAACGCGACACCUUGUGAAGCUCUGCCUUCUCGCGGACAAACUUGGGGAGCUUGAAAGAGCCAACCUCUGCAUCGACUACAUCAUAUGCUUCAGCGAUAUCAAGGGUCGCAUACGCGAUGUGGAUGAAGUCCGGCUGAUAUAUGAACGCACUGCUAACGGCUCGCCUCUUCGCACUUUGAUGCUGCAUUACUUCAUCCACGAGGCCACGCCCAUGACCAUCAAAGACAGUGUUGAUGAGCUACCGAUAGCAUUUCUGCAGGGCUAA